AUAAGUAUUCAUUUCCGCCAAAAGAUGCUACGCCCAAGAAAACAAAAAGCAUUCGAAAGUAAAAAUUCAACCAUUCGUAAACGAACUCUUCAACGUAUUGCCGCCCGAGAUGACGUUCUCUGUGAAAUACCGUGCAGUCCGUGUUUGUAUAAAAUAUCUGGCGCCCUUUAUUUUGUUGAAUUGCGCCGUUCUAUUUUGGCUGCGCAAUCUACGUGGAAAUGAAGCGCCGAUAGAAUCCGCUGACCAGCUGCAAAAAUUUGAAUCUCGCAUUUCCUGGAGCAAUAACGUCGUACCCACAACAGCGGCAGCCAGCACAUUCUUCCAAGUAGAUAUUCAAAGCAGAGCCCCUAUUGGUGAAUAUUUAUGGAAUCAUUUAAUUGGAGGGAAGAAAGAGCUUUUAUCACAUCAACUUAUUUACAAGGGUACCAAGACUGUGAAUGGGAUCAAUUUCACUUUCCAGUCAGGAAAAUCAGAAAUCAUUUCUUACAGUCCUAAUCUUGUUUUAAUCAUUGAUGGCUCGUCAUCUCAGCUGAAACAGGAGAAAAUGUGGCUUAAUGACAUACUCAUUUCUCAUACACCAAAGACCCUUUUUCUAGUAAUUUUAGGAGAUGGCAACUGCAGUAAAAAUCAAUGGAUCAUUCCCUAUUUAUCUUGCAACGGUGGAUCGAUUGACGCAGUAUUUAUAGUGCGAGACAAAUUAAUAACAGAUGAAAGCGAAAUCUUUCAAUGGCCUCUCGGAGUAGCAACACACCGAGACUUCCCUUUAUUCUUUCCCGACGAAAUCGACAUCCUGUCACAAAGACCUUUUGUUUGCAACUUUUUCGGUACCGCCAAUACUAAAGGAGCUGCGAUUCUUCGAUUAUUCAAGGAGUUGAAUCUCGAGAGUCUGUGCUAUUUGAAGAUGAGCAACACUACGGGAUUCGAUGGCGAUUACAUUCAAGCUGUAUCGGAUUCUGAUCUCACACUUUGUCCCGCGUCCGAACUUGGCAGCUCUGCUGAGAGCUAUUGCAUUUACGAGGCCUUUUCUCUUGGCAGCGUUCCAGUCGUCGAAGAAGACGUCGCAGUGGACAAUUGUGGCGGGGAUCCCCUUCGUCUCCUAAAACAACACAACGCUCCUUUUAUACUUGUGGAAUCCCUUGACGACGAGUUGGGUGACGUCAUUGCUAACGAGUCUAGAAUGAACCUGCAAGAAAAGAUCGCUAGAAGGGCAACUGUUGUUAACUGGUACGCCAACUUCCGGCAUCAUAUGGCCAGCCAAUUCAUCCGGGUCCUUAAGGCACACAUAAAUCAUUGA